AUGUACGGAUUAAUAAUCGACAAUAUCGCUUCCUACAUCAAAGAAAAAUAUGGAGAAUCAACGUGGUCCGAGGUCAAGUUCGUAUCUGGAAUCACCGAUGAUACAUUCCGUAUGGGUGAAAAAUAUUCCGAAGGAUUACCACAUAAGCUUAUCUGGGCUUGCCACGAUGUUACAAAUGUUCCAGUUGACGAGCUAAUGACUAACAUUGGUCACAGCUUCUACAAAUUUCUUGCCAAAUAUGAGUUCAACAAGGUCCUUCGCGUGCUGGGUCGAACAUUUCCCGAAUUCCUAAAUGGUUUGGACAAUUUGCAUGAAUAUCUGCGGUUCACUUUCCCUAAACUCAAACCGCCAUCGUUCUAUUGUGAACAUGAGAGUGCCACCGGUUUGACGCUGCAUUAUAGGAGCAAACGACGUGGAUUUCUUCAUUAUGUUCAGGGACAGAUUCGAAAUAUCGCGCAGGAACUCUUCCAAACCGAAGUCGUCAUUGAACUUUUGGACAUUGAACACGAUUUGAAUUUGGAGCACGUUAUAAUGCGUCUCCAUUUCAAUAAUGUUGAUUAUAGUGUAAAGGAUAACUCAUAUCGAUUGACAAGUGAAGCAAUACUAAACAAAGUGAAAAUUUCAUCUGACGUGUUUUUCGACAUUUUCCCCUUCAUUAUAGUUUUCAAUCGUGGAAUGCGCAUACGAAACAUUGGUAUCGGCUUAUUGCGCAUUAUGUCCGGACUCGUCGGCAAAAAAAUUAAUCAAUCAUUUCUUUUGAUGCGACCUUUCAUACGAUUCCGCUGGGAAGAGAUAAUGCUCUAUUCGAACAAUAUUUUUGAGUUGAUAUCAGUGGAUCCAAUACGCGACGAUGAUGAUAGCGUUGUUGUUUAUAAAAGCAAUGACACUGAGCAAAUGACCGAAGAACGACAUCAUAUGCCCGACAAAGAGAAACAGAAAUUUCUCACAUUAAAAGGCCAAAUGUUUUACAUGGAGGAAUGGGAAAGUAUAUGUUUCGUCGGCAUUCCUGUCAUGAGCCAUUUGGCGCAAAUGUAUAAGUCGGGACUUUUCAUUAAUGAUUUCGCUUUGCACGAUUCAAGUAGAGAUCUUGUGCUUUCCUCGACACAACAAGCAGCGGAACUUAAGCUUCUUCUUCACCAGGAAGCCCAAAAAAGUCAAAACAUGAGGGAAAAUAUGAAUCGUCUGAAAAAAGAAAGGAAAAGAGCGGACAAACUUCUAUAUCAAAUGCUACCGAAAAGUGUGGCAAAUCAAUUGAGAAAUGGUGAAAGCGCCGUUGCAUGUUGCGAGAAAUUUGAAAGUGUUACAAUUUUGUUUACUGAUAUUGUGGAUUUCACAAAAACAUGCGCCACGAUGACUCCUCUGGAAGUCAUUAAUUUUUUGCAAAUACUUUAUACCAAUUUCGAUAAAAUAAUUGAUGAGCAUGGCGUUUAUAAGGUGGAAACUAUUGGUGAUGCUUAUAUGGUUGUAAGUGGUGCACCUCAGAGAACUGACCAUCAUGCAGAAUUUGCAUUAGACUGCGCAACGAGCUUUGUGAAUAAAACCGGAGAGCUUGAAAAUUUGCACUCAAAGGUUACUAAAAUUGAUAUCCGCGCUGGAGUGCAUUCUGGUGCCGUUGUCGCAGGCGUUGUAGGAUUAAGUAUGCCAAGAUACUGUUUAUUUGGAGAAACUGUUUAUAUUGCGAAUCACAUGGAGCAAAGUUCCAUGUCAAUGAAAAUCCUAACCAGUCAGUCAACAUAUGAAAAAAUGGAAGAAGUCAACCCAAAUGUCUACAAGUUUGAAAAAAGCGAGAAUGUCGAAAUUAAAGAUGGGCAGCUUGUGCAAACAUACUUUCUUGUUGGAAAAGAAGGAAUGCCUAGAGUACCAUCGCCAAGAGAAUGUGAAAGCAGACUUGACGAUAUGCUCGUUGAUGAAGAGGAUGACGAAUAUUUAUACUCUACGAAGCCUGGAAGAGCAUCUCCUACCACCGAGGCCGCUGAAGAAUUGAAGAAGAAAGCUAAUUUGUCUUAUACUCCAGUUUCAGAUAUUGAAAUCGAAACUUAUUCCAUUUACUCAAAUCUAGUUCCAAAAGAUACGAAUGACAGUUUUGCCGACACUGGUCUUCUUCACCUUAAUAUAUCUACAAUGUUCUACUCAGCCAAACUACCUUCAGAUAAUAUUCAUAUCAAAUCAUUUGAUAUUAAUUCUACGACAGACUUAAAUUCACUAUGUCAUCAAAUGAGUAAUGUUAGCUUCAUAAUAAGCAUUUGUCGAUCGGUUCAUUGUGUGGAGCUUGUCGCUGAGCUGGCACGAAUAUCACAAGUGCCCACAAUUCAAGUGGAUUAUAAUUAUUGGCCAUUACCAUUGGUUUUCGAUGAAACAAAUAACACGUCUUCAAAUAUUGCAAGCUACACAAUAAUGAAAUUCUCUGCAAUCGUGUUUCAUAACGUUAUAACAGAUGUGUUUCCAGUUUUAGAUAUUACCCCGAACAGCACUGUACUCUAUGAUAACAUUUAUCCAUCAGAUUUCAAUUCUUGGCGUGGGUCCUUUUCCGUUUUACCAGGGGUUCGCUUCGUUCCUAUGGAAACAACAGUGCUUAGGAUGAGAAAUCAGAUAACUGAAUUGAAAGCACAAUCAGCGAGGUCUUUAAUAAUUGUGGCUAAAACGGAAAACGUAGAACGAUUCACCAUUGAGGCAGCCGAGUAUAUACAACAGAGAUUUUUCAGUAUUUAUGUUGUCACAAAUGACAUAACAUCAUUUAAAUGUGAUAGUUGUGAGUCAACUUUUAUGUUUUGGCUGCGUCCUUUUUCGACUGGAACACUUAUGGAAAUUCGAAGUAUGGACGAUUAUUUGUUUCAAAAUGAGAUCAGUUUGGAAUUAGAUUAUACUAUUAAUGGUUGGGAUACGUUAAACGUUGCAUUUUAUAUGGAUCUAAUUUAUUACGCAUUCGAAACCAUUGAUCAAAUGAACAAGACACAUGAAAUCGUGCCGACGUUCACGUGUCAAGGACCUUUAAGAAACGAUAUCAACACAACCGUCAGAGAUGUUAUAAUUUCAAACCCUCAACGCGAAUAUGGAAAUUAUACAGAGAUUGAAUAUGGCACAUUUUUUCAAAACAUCCAAGUUCGCAUUUUCAAAAUAGAUCGAGAUGUUAACCAUGAAGACGCACAUUUCAACAAACACGUUGGAACGUGGACGCCAAUUGAAAAGUUAAUGGUAAUGUAUGGGACACUGGACGUUGACGUUCGAAACCUCAAUAUUUAUCGCGUUGUCACACUGAUUCAACCACCAUUUAUUCAAAAAACAGGAGAUCCUAAUCAACCAUAUGAAGGAUACUGUAUUGAUUUGAUUAAUUUGAUUAAAAAUGAGGUCAAUUUUACAUAUACAAUCUAUGAAGUCGAAGAUGGAACUUUUGGAACAAUGGAUGAUAAUGGAAAUUGGAAUGGGCUAAUUGGAGCAUUGGUUUCUGGUUCUGCAGAUAUCGCAUUAGCUCCAUUGAGUGUAAUGGCGGAACGAGAAAACGAUGUAGAUUUUACAGUUCCGUAUUAUGAUUUGGUUGGAACAACGAUUCUAAUGAAAAAAGCAGAUGUUGAAUACUCAUUAUUUAAAUUCAUGAAGGUUUUAGAGUGGCCAGUUUGGUUGUGCAUUGUUGCAGCAUAUUUGCUUACCAGUUUCUUAUUAUGGAUAUUCGAUCGUUUUAGCCCCUAUUCUUUAUCAAAUAAUAGAGAAAGAUAUUCGAAUGACCUUGAAAAACGAGAAUUCAGCUUGAAAGAGUGUUUGUGGUUCUGCAUGACCUCUUUAACACCACAAGGCGGCGGAGAGGCUCCGAAGAAUAUUUCGGGUCGACUUGUUGCGGCGACAUGGUGGCUGUUUGGAUUUAUAAUUAUUGCGUCAUACACUGCUAAUCUUGCCGCUUUUUUGACCGUGUCAAGGCUCGAGCAGCCGAUAAGUUCGCUGGACGAUCUCGCAAAACAGUACAAAAUCGAAUAUGCACCAAUCAAAGGAAGCGCAUCAGAAACGUAUUUCAGGAGAAUGGCUGAAAUUGAAGAAACUUUCUAUAAUUUGUGGAAAGAAAUGUCUCUUAAUGAGAGCAUGUCUCCAAGAGAUCGAGCACGAUUGGCUGUUUGGGAUUAUCCAGUUUCCGAUAAAUUCACAAAUAUGUGGAGAUACAUGCAACAAUUAAAACUUCCUGAAAAUAUGGAGGCGGCAAUUGAGAGAGUUUUGAAUUCUCACGAUGGAUUUGCAUUUAUUGGUGAUGCAACAGAAAUCAAAUAUGCGGCUUUGACAAAUUGCAAAUUGCAACAAGUCGGGACAGAGUUUUCUAGAAAACCCUAUGCUAUUGCCGUACAAAGUGGUCAUAUUCUGAAAGAUGAAAUAUCUAGCGCAAUAUUAAUGCUUUUAAACCAGAGACGAUUAGAAACUCUAAAGGAAAAAUGGUGGACUGAUAAUCCAAAUAAGGUAACAUGCCCAGAUUCGUCCGAAGAAAGCGAUGGAAUAUCAAUUCAAAAUAUUGGUGGUGUAUUUAUAGUUAUUCUCGUGGGAAUUGUUUUGUCUAUAAUCACAUUGGCGUUUGAAUAUUACUAUUACAAAAAAAAAGGUCAGAACUCGACAGAAAAUGAAGAACGAGAAGAUAAAGGAGAACCUUCGAAUGGGAUUGCUUUAAACGGAAUUCGAAAAAUGGGGAAUGAUGAUAAAAAUCAAAAAGAGAAAAUGAAACAAGCAGAUUCAUGCAAUAAGCCUGGGACAACUACCGAAUAUGAUAAUGUUGCUUUUCAAUAUUGA